AAGAAGAGUGCCAGGCGUCUCCUCCCUCUGUCUCCCCGCCCUCGGAGGCGUUUCAAAGCUGGGAGAGUAAUGACCAAAUAUCGGUCCCAGCUGAUGAACAUCGCACUGUCUUCCCUCUCUGAUAGCAGUUGAAUAGGUAAGACAGACAGAAAAAGCCAUGGGGGAUGACAGUGAAUGGAUGAAGUUACCUAUCGACCAGAAAUGUGAACACAAGAUUUGGAAAGCCAGAUUAAAUGGAUACGAGGAAGCACUGAAGCUUUUCCAGAGGAUACAGGAUGAGAAGAGCCCGGAAUGGGGCAAAUACCUUGGACUUAUCAAGAAAUUCGUAACAGAUUCCAACGCCGUAGCCCAACUCAAAGGCCUAGAGGCAGCACUUGCAUAUAUUGAGAAUGCACAUUUGGCUGGCAAAACAACAGGGGAAGUGGUUUCUGGAGUGGUUGGAAAAGUGUUCAACCAGCCCAAAGCUCGAGCCAAGGAGCUGGGGGCUGACAUCUGCCUCGUGUACAUAGAGAUUGAGAAAGCAGAGGUGGUCCAAGAUGAGCUGAUCAAAGGUCUGGAUAAUAAGAACCCGAAGGUUGUUGUUGCUUGUGUUGAAACGCUAAGGAAAGCACUUUGUGAAUUUGGAUCCAAGAUCAUUACCCUUAAGCCUGUAGUGAAGUUGUUGCCAAAACUGUUUGAGUCUCGAGAAAAGGCAGUUCGAGAUGAGGCCAAAUUACUAGCUGUGGAGAUCUACAGGUGGAUCCGUGAUGCACUGCGACCUCCCCUUCAGAGCAUAAACUCUGUACAGUUAAAGGAGUUGGAAGAAGAAUGGGUGAAACUGCCAACUGCAGCUCCUAAGCAGACCAGGUUCCUACGCUCCCAGCAGGACCUGAAGGCUAAGUUUGAGCAGCAACAUGCUGCAGGAGGUGAUGAGGAAGAUGGAGACAAUGAGGAGGAGACCGUAGUGCAGGUGGAUCCAUAUGAGCUCUUGGAAGCUGUCGAGAUCCUUUCAAAACUCCCAAAAGACUUCUAUGAAAAAAUCGAAGCAAAGAAAUGGCAGGAGAGGAAGGAAGCGUUGGAGGCAGUAGAAGCCUUGACAAAGAAUCCAAAACUAGAGAAUGGAGACUAUGGGGACCUGGUCCGAGCACUAAAGAAGGUUGUUGGGAAAGAUGCCAAUGUGAUGCUAGUGUCCAUGGCAGCCAAAUGCCUGGCUGGACUGGCAGCAGGACUGAGGAAGAAGUUUGGAACAUAUGCAGGUCAAGUGGUGCCAACUUUCCUGGAGAAGUUUAAGGAGAAGAAACCUCAGGUGGUCCAGGCCUUGCAGGAGGCCAUUGAUGCAGUGUUCCUUACUACCACUCUGCAGAACAUCAGUGAGGAUGUUCUGGCAGUAAUGGACAACAAGAACCCCUCCAUCAAGCAACAGGCUUCACUUUUCCUUGCCAGAAGUUUCCGGCACUGUACCCUGAGCACUUUGCCAAAAAGCGUUCUGAAGCCCUUUUGUGCAGCGUUCCUCAAGCAAGUGAAUGAUUCUGCUCCAGAGGUCAGAGAUGCUGCUUUUGAGGCUUUGGGUACAGCCAUGAAGGUGGUAGGGGAGAAAGCGGUCAAUCCGUUCCUGGCAGAUAUUGAUAAGCUCAAGUUGGAAAAGAUAAAAGAAUGUGCUGAUAAAGUGGAGCUUGUUGGAGGAAAGAAAGUUGGUAGUGCAGGAGGAGAGAAGAAAGAGAAACCAGCUGCUAAAGCCCCCCCACCUGUUGAAGUGCUUGCCAAACCCUCCGGCCCUCCCAAGAAAGCUCCGCCAGCAAAGGCUGCUGGACCCAUGAAGAAGGGCAAACCUGCCUCUGCUCCCAGUGGAAAGUCCAAGAAAACUCAAGAUACUAAGGAAGUAGUAGAGACUGAGUUAUCUCUAGAAGUGUGUGAAGAGAAAGCGGCUGCUGUGCUCCCAGCCACCUGUAUGCAGCUGCUGGACAGCGGCAACUGGAAGGAGAGACUCGCUAGCAUGGAGGAGUUUCAGAGAGCAGUGGAACAGAUGGACAAAUCUGAAAUGCCCUGCCAGUCUCUGGUCAAGAUGCUGGCUAAGAAACCAGGAUGGAAAGAAACCAACUUUCAGGUCAUGCAAAUGAAGCUGCACAUUGUGGGUCUAAUCGCACAAAAGGGGUCUUUCUCAAAGACGUCUGCACUGGUGGUUCUGGAUGGUCUUGUCGAUAAGAUUGGAGAUGUGAAAUGUGGAAGUAAUGCUAAAGAAGCUCUGACUGCGAUUGGGGAGUCCUGUUCUCUACCAUGGACUGCUGAACAGGUGGUCUCAAUGGCUUUUGCUCAGAAGAAUCCUAAAAACCAAGCAGAGACAUUGAACUGGUUGGCCAAUGCUAUGAAGGAGUUUGGAUUUGCAGGAAUAAAUGUGAAGGCAUUCAUCAGCAAUGUCAAAACUGCUCUGGGUGCUACAAAUCCGGCUGUGAGGACAUCAGCGAUCACUCUGCUUGGAGUCAUGUUCUUGUAUAUGGGGGCUCCCCUGCGCAUGUUCUUUGAAGAUGAAAAACCUGCCCUGCUUUCGCAAAUAGAUGCAGAGUUUGAAAAGAUGCAGGGCCAGUCUCCUCCUGCACCCUUCCGUGGUGCCAAGAAAGCUGGAGGUGAUGAGGAGGGAGAGAAGGCUGAGGAAGAGGAAGUUGAUGGUGGAGCUGGAGACAUCAUGGACCUGCUGCCCAGAACUGACAUCGGUGAUAAAAUCACAUUGGACAUGGUGUCUAAGAUCGGAGAUAAAAACUGGAAGAUCAGAAAGGAAGGGCUUGAUGAGGUGACAGCUGUCAUUUCUGAGGCCAAAUUCAUCCAGGCUAACAUUGGCGAUCUGCCCUUGGCACUGAGGGGACGUCUCAAUGACUCCAACAAAAUACUGGUUCAGCAGACUCUUGGUAUUCUGCAGCAGAUAGCCACUGCCAUGGGUCCAGCUCUUAAACAGCACAUCAAGAACCUGGGAAUCCCCAUUAUUACUGUUCUAGGAGACAGCAAGUCAAAUGUCCGUGCGGCUGCCCUGACGACACUGAAUGCCUGGGUGGAGCAGACAGGAAUGAAGGAGUGGCUUGAAGGAGAGGACCUGUCAGAAGAGCUCAAGAAGGAAAACCCCUUCCUCAGACAGGAGGUGCUCGGCUGGCUGGCUGAGAAGCUGCCUACCUUGCGCACGGUGCCCACAGACCUGAUGCUGUGUGUGCCUCCCCUGUAUACCUGUCUGGAGGACCGCAGUGGUGAUGUGCGCAAGAAAGCUCAGGACGCACUCCCCACCUUCAUGAUGCACCUGAGCUAUGAAAAGAUGAACAAAGCAACCGUCAAACUGAAGCCUGCCUCAAAGGACCAGGUGGUUGGCAUGCUGGAGAAGGCCAGGGCCAUGAUGCCAGCCAAGCCUGCUGCUCCUGCCAAAGCUGCUGCUUCCAAACCCGCCUCCAGCGCCUCUUCCUCCAAACCAGCCUCAGCUCCAGCCAGGAACCAGACUCCCUGUGAAGACUACAGUGAACCAGAACCCAAACCAGACACCAAGAAAACUAAACCAGCAGGACCUGUGGCUAAAAAGAGAGCGAGCAUGGAGCUCAAGGUGAAGGGUGAUAAAGAUAAUACGAGUAAACAAAACAGGCUCUCGAGAGGGAUGCCUAGCAACCAGCAGGGUGUCGUUGGUAAGAAACCUCCUGUGAAAGCCGUUGCAAAGGAUGAGGAAGACCGGUCUGGACCCAUCUUCAUCCUCAUACCCAACGGCAAAGAGCAGAGGAUAAAGGAAGAAAAGGCAUUGAAGAUUCUGAAGUGGAACUUCGUGACUCCUCGUGACGAGUACGUGGAACAGCUGAAGACUCAAAUGUCAACCUGUCUGGCCAAAUGGCUCCAAGAUGAGCUCUUCCAUUUUGACUUUCAGCGGCACGUUAAAGCAAUUGGUGCCAUGAUUGAGCACAUGGAGGCGGAGUCUGAGGCUGUGAUUAGCUGUCUGGAUUUGGUGUUGAAAUGGUUCACCCUGCGGUUCUUUGACACCAACACCAGUGUAUUGAUGAAAGCCCUGGAAUUUUUGAAGCUGCUCUUCAUCAUGCUGAGCAGGAAGAACUACCAGCUCAACGACAAUGAGGCCGCCUCAUUCAUUCCCUACCUGAUCCUUAAGGUUGGGGAGUCAAAAGAUGUGGUGCGCAAAGAUGUUCGUGCAAUUCUGACGAUGCUGUGUAAAGUGUAUGCCGCCAGUAAAGUCUUUCCUUUCCUAAUGGAAGGGACCAAAUCGAAGAACUCUAAGCAGAGAUCUGAAUGUCUUGAGGAGCUUGGGUGCCUGAUUGAGAACUUUGGUAUGAAUGUGUGUCAGCCGACUCCAGCCAAAUCUCUUAAAGAAAUCGGCGUUCACAUCGGAGACCGUGACACCACUGUCCGCAACGCUGCACUCAAUACUGUUGUGGCUGCUUACAACACUUGUGGAGACCAAGUCUUCAAACUAAUUGGCAAUCUUUCAGAGAAGGAGAUGAGCAUGCUUGAAGAGAGAAUCAAACGCUCUGCUAAGAAGACACCCGCAGCCAAACAGGAGCGAACCCAGAGGGAACAUCCCACCAAUCCCAAUGCUACUUUUCUCCGCAAGCCUGCUCAGGAGGAGGUGCCUAAUAAACUCAAUCAAGCUCGGGCACAGAAUGCUCACCUAGAGCACUCUGCUCCAUCCAUCCCUAAAGAGUUUCAGCUGGAUCUUGAUGUGUUCGAGAACAACCACACAUGUGCCAGCGACAUACCCGACUUGGUGCAGCACAAACUGGAUGAAGUCCUGGAGCCGGUCAUGAUCCCCGAGCGAAAGAUGCGCACGGUUUCCCCUCAUUUUGAUGACAUUCACAACAGCACUGCCUCCACCAUCAACUUUGUCAUCUCACAGGUGGCCAGUGGAGAUAUUAACACUAGUAUCCAGGCCUUAGCACAGAUUGAUGAGGUGUUGAGGCAGGCGGACAAGGCAGAAGCUAUGUCUGGACACAUCGACCAGUUCCUCAUUGCCACUUUCAUGCAGCUGCGGCUCAUUUACAACACACACAUGGCUGACGAUCGCCUGGACAAGAAAGACAUCUUCAAACUCUACAGCUGCAUCAUAGGCAACAUGCUUUCGCUGUUCUCAAUGGAGAGUCUGGCACGGGAAGCCUCCAUGGGUGUCCUGAAGGACCUGAUGCAUGGUCUGAUCACACUAAUGUUAGACUCCAGAGUGGAGGACAUUGAAGAUGGACCGCAGCUCAUUCGCUCGGUCAAUCUGCUUGUGGUCCGAGUGUUGGAGAAAUCUGACCAGACAAACAUCCUGAGUGCUUUGCUGGUGCUUCUCCAGGACAGUCUUACAAGCACCGCUGGCUCCCCCAUGUUCUCUGAACUCGUCAUGAAGUGUCUAUGGAGAAUGAUCCGUUUCCUGCCUCAGACCAUCAACAGCAUUAAUUUGGACCGCAUACUCCUGGAUGUCCACAACUUCAUGAAGGUUUUCCCUAAAGAGAAGCUUAAACAGCUCAAGAGUGACGUUCCCCACCGGACUCUGAAGACACUGCUACAUACGCUCUGCAGGCUCACAGGUGCCAAGAUAUUAGAUCACAUGUCCAUGAUUGAGAACCGCAACGAGUCCGAACUGGAGGCGCAUCUCAGGCGGGUGGUCAAACAUUCUGCAAACCUCUCUGGACUUAAGUCUGACAAGAGCACCGAGAAGUCUGCCCUCAGAUCGGAUGACAAGGUGAUCAAGGCCAAAGUGAGUGACAUCCUGUCUGAAAUCUUUAAAAAGAUCGGCUCCAAAGAGAACACUAAAGAGGGCUUGACAGAGCUGUAUGAGUACAAGCAGAAGUAUUCUGAUGCAGAUCUUGAGCCCUUCCUGAGGAACACAUCCCAGUUCUUCCAGAGCUACGUGGAGCGAGGACUUCGCAUGAUCGAGUCGGAGCGUGAAGGAAAAAGCAGAAUCCAGAGCUCCACAAUAAUCCCUCAGCACAGCACAGAUUCCUAUUUGCCGAGCUCCAGCUCUGUGUCCAUCAACAGUAACGGAGAAGAUCUGAACGCUGCAGCCUACUACGAGAGACUUAAGAUUUUACGGCAACGGCGCGGCCUUGAGAACUCAGCGCCUGAGGAAGACCGACCUACUCUCAAUUCCCUGAGACCAUCGGUGGCCUCCUCCACAGACAUGCUCCACAGCAAACUCUCCCAGCUAAAGGAAUCUCGUGAGCACUUCCAGCAGGAACAGUCUCACUCUCACAGCCCCACCCGCUCCUCUUCCCCCGCCUCCAACCUUGAUGACCUUAAAAAGAGACUGGAAAGGAUAAAGAGCAACCGCCAGUGAAAUUAAGCCCUGCCUUAAUUUAACGCUUGCACUAGAUAGUCAGCUAAAUCUCACAUCUUAAGGCUUUCUCUCCCUUACAUAACCAUAACGUUUUCCAGGGUAAAUGUGCAUAGAUUACAGUUAUGCAAAUAGGAACUCCAACGGCACUCCAGCGGAUCUGUCUGCAUUGUAUUAUAUGAAGUAAACUAAUUUUUAUGUAUGUUAGUAUUGUGCACAAUUGUUUUUUUACAUAGUAGCUAACCACACCAGUCUUUUAUGUGUCAUUUAGGGUUUUGCGUGUACAGUUUCCUUGUGCGGAAUGCUGUAAUAUGUAUGUGAGGCUGGCAGUUUUUGUUUUAUAGAGGUUUUAGAGAUCUAAAUUAAAAUGUUGCUUUCACUUGGUCUCUCAACUUCCAUUAGUCAUUUUGGCUGUUUUCUUUCUGCCUUUCAAUUUUCCAUCAUUGAAGUGAUAAUAACUGUGAAGGAUUGAUUCCUUUCUUUUAAGGAGCAUAGCAUGAAGUACUGGAUCGUUCUUUUAUGUAAAUAAAGUUUGCAUUACUAAAGGCCGUUUAUUCCGUUUUUC